GGGGCGGGGCGGGCGGAGCGCGCGUGCGCGGUGACGCGCCGUGCCGUGCCCGCUAUAUGAGCUGCGGCAGGCGCUGACUCGGCCCUUUCCGCCGCGCUCCCGCCCGCUCUCGGGUCGCUGCGCAGAGACCGCGCCGCCGCGCCCGCCGCCGCCAUGAUUAUCUACCGGGACUGCAUCAGCCAGGACGAGAUGUUCUCGGACAUCUACAAGAUCCGGGAGGUGGCGAACGGCCUGUGCCUGGAAGUGGAGGGGAAGAUGGUCACCAGGACAGAGGGUCAAAUUGAUGACUCUCUAAUUGGUGGCAAUGCCUCUGCUGAAGGUCCUGAGGGAGAUGGAACAGAAGCCACGGUCAUAACUGGUGUUGAUAUAGUAAUAAACCACCACCUGCAAGAAACCAGCUUUACAAAAGAAUCCUACAAGAAGUACAUCAAGGAUUACAUGAAAGCAAUCAAAGCCAGACUUGAGGAACACAAGCCAGAGAGAGUAAAGCCUUUCAUGACAGGAGCUGCAGAACAAAUCAAACACAUCCUUGCGAACUUCAAAAACUACCAGUUCUUUGUAGGAGAAAACAUGAAUCCAGAUGGUAUGGUGGCUCUCCUGGAUUUCCGUGAGGACGGUGUGACCCCGUAUAUGAUUUUCUUUAAGGAUGGCUUAGAAAUCGAGAAAUGUUAACAAAUCAAACAGUAUGGUUUUGGAUCACCCGUCUUCAUAGCUGGCUGCUGUUUCUUCUUCAUCGGCACACCACCAGGAAUCGGCAAUGUCUAACUGGACUGAUGUCAUCUUGAGCUUUAUUCACUUAUUUUGACCCUGAUUUGGAGUGGAGGCAUUGUUUUAAAAAAGAAAAAAAAACAUCUGUCAUGUAGAUUGUCUAAAAUAAAACUCAUUUAAAUCCAUUCUAGGUGAUGGCUUUUGGUCUAAUGUGUUUCUUAGGGUGACUUGCAGGAGAGGUUGCAGCAAGGUGUUUGUCCCAGGAUUUGGUACUAUCAGUAGUACAGCCUGGUCCUAGCACAUUACAGCUUGGCUAUAGACUUCAUGCAGUUUCUGCCUGUGAGAUGGGAGUGCAAGAGCAGGCCAAGGUCAAUAAGGCAAAGCUCAAGAAAUGCCAUCAUGAUGGAGUGGACCACCUUCAUCUUUCAUGAUUGCAGAGACUUAUCUCUGGAAGAGAUGCCAAAUUAAUAACAAAACCCCAGAGCGGAGUAUGUGCUACUUGUGCUAAGUGCUGCUGAGCUGCUGUGUCAGACAAGGAUACUUGAGUCUGUCCUCAGUUGUAGUAUGACUUGAAGAUCAAGAUAGGAGGAUGGAUGGAGCAGGAGUUUUACGCCAGCGCUCCCUUUAAGCACAGGUACUGGGAACACCGUGGGGAGAGGAUUUUCCAACAGUCUGGCUGUGGUACUGGCUCCUUUGUAUCCAACAGCUGUUCAGGAGCAGAUUAACGAGAGAACUCCAAGUUGCAGGAUUUUGGGGUGUUCUGUACUUACUGGGAAGAGAAAUGUUAGAAUGGCUUAGGCCUGUCCUAGGCUUAUACAUGGCAGGUGUGUGGGCUUGAGUCUUAGCUGAGCGUUGCUAACUUGGUGUUCCUGCUGUGUUCCCUGUUAGGAAGUGCAUCUGUUUGACAGACCUGGAGCAAACGGCCAUUGCUUCUCUGGUUCUUGCUGAGAUGCAACAGUAACAGGUUCCUUGCGCUUUCUACCUGUCUGACCUCAUGGCAGUCUGGAUUGAAUAAAGGAACACAAACA